AUGGUUCGUCGAAGACAAAGAGAAUGCGUUUGGAUUCAGUGUGUCGCUUUGCUUUGUUUAGCUGACUGGUCUGCAGCGCAGAUAUAUUACUCCGUAUCAGAGGAGGUGGACAAAGGCACUUUUGUGGGGUACCUCACGAAGGAUUUAAACCUUAACGUCCAUGAACUGGAGUCCAGGGGUCUUCGUAUUGUUUCAGGAUACAGCAAGAGCUAUUUCGAUGUAAAUGUGAGAACGGGAUUGUUCUAUGUUGUCGAGCGGAUAGACAGAGAGCAGCUUUGUCCGAAUACGGUAAAGUGUUCUUUAAAUAUACAGGCCAUAUUGAGUAAUCCGGUGCAGCUCCAUCGCAUAGAGGUAAACAUUUUAGAUGUAAACGAUAAUGCACCGUCAUUUGAUGAAAAGUUGUACACUUUUAAUAUUUCUGAAUCAUUAUCUCCGGGCGAGCGAUAUCUAAUACCGAUAGCAAUUGAUGCAGACACGGGCAAUAACUCGGUAAAGAGCUACAUGCUGAGCCCGAAUGAACAUUUUUCUCUGGAUGUACAGAGCGGAGGAGAGCAGAGUGUUUCUGCUGAGUUAGUUCUGGAGAAAGCUUUAGACAGAGAGAAACAGGCAGUGAUUAAACUCAUUUUGACCGCUGUAGAUGGAGGAAAGCCUCCGAGAUCAGGCACUUUACAGAUUGUUGUUAACGUUAUAGAUGUCAAUGAUAACACGCCAACAUUUAGCAAACCACUGUAUAAGGUCCGUGUCAGUGAAAAUAUCGAAUUUGGAACAACAGUUAUUAUAUUGAAUGCGACUGACUUGGACGAGGGAGAGAACGGUAAGAUUGUAUAUUCCUUUAUCAAACGUGGUAAAGUGAAUCCCUCGGACAUGUUUGAUAUUAAUCCUGACACUGGCGAAAUUACUGUUAAAGGUAAUUUGAAUUAUGAGGAAACUCCUGCAUAUGAGAUCAGAGUUCAGGCAACAGACCAGGGAACCAUACCCCGUAGUGCACAUGGUAAACUGUUAGUAGAAAUAAUGGACGUCAAUGACAACUCUCCAGAAAUAUCAGUGACGUCAUUAACCAACCCAGUAAAAGAAGAUGCUGAGAUAGAGACAGUGGUCGCUUUAAUCACUGUUACAGACGCAGAUGGAGGAAAGAAUGGCAUUACUAACUGUAAACUUGUAGGAUCUGUACCAUUUAAGCUCAAAUAUAAUUACAAAAACGAUUAUUCGUUAGUUGUUGACGGGCCUCUUGACAGAGAGAAUGUUUCUCAGUAUAACGUCACCAUUACAGCUACAGAUGAAGGGACUCCGCCUCUCUCUAGCACCAGCGUUAUUACUGUACACGUUUCAGAUGUCAAUGACAACGCUCCACGGUUCUCGGGUCCCGUGAUUAAUUGCUAUGUUAAAGAAAACAGUCCAGUUGGAGCUGUUGUAUACACAAUGACAGCCUUAGAUCCAGAUAUUGAUGAAAAUGCAAAACUAACGUAUUCAUUAGUUAACCGUUUAUCGAAAAGCAUGUCAAUUACGUCUGCUGUAAAUGUCAACUCAGACACUGGAGAAAUAGUCAGCCUGCAGUCUUUUAACUAUGAAGAGGUAAAAACUUUCCAGUUUAAAGUUCAGGCCACAGAUUCUGGUGUCCCUCCGCUCAGCAGCAACGUCACCGUGUACGUUUAUAUCCUGGAUGAAAAUGACAACAGUCCCGGGAUUCUCGCACCGUAUUCUGAGCACGGCUCCGUUAACUCUGAGAACAUUCCCUACUCUGCAGAAGCAGGCUACUUUGUGGCCAAGAUCAGGGCUGUAGACGCAGACUCUGGCUACAAUGCGCUGCUUUCUUAUCACAUCUCUGAGCCCAAAGGAACCAACCUAUUCCGAAUCGGAACAAGCACUGGAGAAAUACGGACUAAGAGGAGAAUGAGUGACAAUGACCUGAAAACUCACCCGUUGGUGGUGUUGGUUUCGGACAACGGAGAGCCCUCACUGUCAGCCACGGUGUCUAUUGAUGUAGUGGUGGUUGAAAGCACAGUUGAAAUAAAGACUCAAUUCAGACAUGUGCCAGUAAAGGAGGAGAGCUUCUCUGAUUUACACCUAUAUUUGCUGAUCGCUAUUGCCUCAGUGUCAGUGAUCUUUCUACUGAGCCUCAUCAGUUUAAUAGCUGUAAAAUGCCUCAGGACUGAGGGCACUUUCAAUAGAUACAGCCCCCCAAUAAUCACCACACACCCUGACGGAAGCUGGUCGUGCUCUAAAUCUACUCAGCAGUAUGACGUGUGUUUCAGCUCAGAUACAUUGAAGAGUGACGUAGCGGUGUUUCCUGCACCGUUUCCGCCUGUGGAUGCAGAGUUGAUCAGUAUUAACGAAGGAGACACUUUUAACCGAACUCAGACAUUACCCAACACAGAAAAGGUAAGAUAA